GUGGUUGAUUCGUCUCGAGACAUUCGACCGUUUACCCGCUUGCAUGGCACCGGUUACUUCGCUGCUCCUUGCCAUUGCAACCGUGUGUUGUUUGGUAGCAGAGUCAGCAGCCGGGCCUUGCAUAUUCCGUGAAGGACAACAUCAGGUGAUUUACGGUAUUCGAAAUGGCGUUGUUCAUAUUCGCAUAAUCAUUCGAGGACUUCCUCAAACGGCAUCAGGAUGGACCGGAAUCGGGUUUGGAAAUGGAAUGCUUGACGGUCUAGACACAAUCAUAGUUCGUGUUUCCAAUGGCCGGGUGAACGUGUCGGAUGAGUACGUACGAGGUUACACCAGUUCUUUCCCAGACAGGAUUAACAACGUCGUGGUGCACAGCAGGAGGGUGGAAGACGAAGUGAUCUCGGUAACUUUCUCAAGACCAGUGAACUCAAUGGAGUACCCUUAUGACAUGUCGCUUGUUGGAUGUGUACCCUGGAAGUUCCUCAUCGGGCUCAGCCGAAUGGGUCCGCGCGGCGAACUUCACCACCACAGCGUUACGCCGGUGCACCGAACAGUCUGCAUCGACGAAUGCCGCAUCUGAAUAGGAGCCGAAGCCGUAGUUCGUAUGGGUUAAAUGGGUCGAAUGCACUGCACACCAGUAGCUGUGAAAUUCUUGUUACUCGUCAAUGCUACCAUAUAUAUGUACAUUUGAUAAUGACUGUCAUGCUUUAUGAGGCCUGCAUUGAGUCGCAAUGAAUUUUC